AUGUGCAUUGGCCGUGCCAUGUUCCACAACGCAGAUUCAGCUCGGCUCUGUCUGACGCGGUACAACGGCACGUCGAUCAUGGGCGACAUUGUUACAGCAUUUCUCGACACCUACGGCCGGAAGGUAAAGGAAAUUUAUCAAGAAAGAAUCAAGAAACGUCCGGAUGAUAUGGGAGAUAAUGAGUCAAAAGAAUGUGCAGAAAGUGAGGUAAUCACUGGCGCUAACUCACAAACCGGUGCUUACCCUCCUACCGGCACAACGGCUCCAUCAACCAGCGGUGUUUGUUCGCCCGCAUCUGUUUCUACCAAUGGAACAUGCUCAUCUGCCGCUGCAUGCGCUACCGUUAGUGCCACUAUUCCGGAAGAUCCAACAACGUCUGGUUUGCAGUUUUCGUCUCCGUUCCCGUUGUCCCCUGCUAUGGUCGGUCUGCCUCCUUUAGCUGCCCUUCCUUCUGUGAUACUGCCGUUCGCGAGCAACCUGCCGCCUCCAACUAUGCCUACUUUCGCUGCCGCCGCCGCCGCUGCUGCAUCAGCACUGUCCUGGACUGCUGCACGUCCGCCGAAUUUCUGGCCUCCUUUCGUACAGAACCGAUGGCCCGUUGCAGGGACGAAUCUGGCUGCAGCCAGGUGUACGUACAAUCUUCCUCCGGUCCAGCCGCCUCCAACAAUGGCCUCGAUCAUGGCUAACAUGAGUGUGCCACCGCCAGGAUUCCCCGUCAUUCAGCCGUCCAGAAACGUGGAUAAGCAAAGCUGCGCAUUUUCCUCGUCUGUCGCUCCGCACCCUGACAUCAGCAAUUGCCAGAAGCUUAGACCUGGUUUUCAGCUAGCGUCAGAAUCCACAUCUUUACAGGGUUUUGGUUGCUCGUUAUUCCAAACGGCCAACAAAGAGCUGUUGGACGACAACAACGUUGUCAAAAAAAGUUCCCCUUCUGAUCAUGAACCAUCCACAUCGAUGAAUAAUACUAAAGAUUUGACUAAUAACCAAGCAUCGUGGAAGUCGACUAGCAUCGGACAGAAGAAAAUUGACAGCCAUCGUUUUCGUUGCGAAGUGAAGUAUCCGAAGUACGACGACCCGCAGCCGUCAGGCAUCAUAGGAGAAAACUUGGGCAAGUCCCAACGACAUGGCCGUUGGUCGAGUCGUCGCUCUAAACGGUGUCGCCGCUCUCGGGCUCGUUGGAGGGACGAGGAGCGCAGAAGAAAGAUUGUUACUGACUCCUUUCGAUACGACGUCGAAGAAGACAUCGGUCAUAGACAGAAAUCUACCGAGUGUUCAGAGAUUCGUAGACAUCGUUCACCUGACCGAAGAAAUGUAGGCAGCGGCGUUUUGGCCACAGGUGCCGUUGCAGCCAAUGAUUUUUCGGAAGGAAUUAAUGCUGUGAUUGAAAACUCCCCUACCCUUCGGCUUAAUGCCGUAGAAGCUACCCAUGGUAGCGAUGACCCAUCAGCUUCGAUGCUUGCUGCUCACGGCAAUGUCCGAACAACGAGCACUAACUUUGCAGCGGAUUCUGUCCGUUGUGCCAGCUCAACCCCUGGAAUUCGGCAGACGAGCUCACCUGUUAGCUCUCUCGACUCGAGGAUCCAGUCGAUUCUCAAAGACGAGAGUUGCACGCUGGUGAAGGUCGUCAAACGGCUCACGGAGAUCGGCAGCGCAACGACUGCUCACAGCAAAUCAUCGGUGGUCAAUUCUUCGGACUGUAUCCCGUCAUGUUAUGCCUGCGACGAUGAAAUGAGCCUUUCGUCAGGCGACAGCCGCCCAGAUUCGGCGAACGCCGGCAAAACCACGUCGGUGUCUUCACUGAUAGAAGGCGUCGCCGUCACGCCGCCACCGCCGCCACCCCCGCCGCUUCCACCAUCAGUACCAGUACCAUCCAUGUACUCGACUCCCCCGUUCGACGCGUCCCCUUGCAGUUACAAUGCCGUUCCCAAUAUGAUGUGUAUGCAGCCGGGUGCAAUGUGGUCGCCAAAGACCUUUCCUGCACCACCCGCUGUGAUGCCUUUCCCAGUUAUGCCCAUCAGCUGCACCAGUGUCGAACGCCUCGUCGAAAUGGUACUUUUUCUGCUGCUCGUCAAUAAAGUGAUUUACGCUAGUUUUUGCUCAGUAGCAGAUUGAUA